GUGCUGUAAACGGGUCUUGAAUACAAGGCUGGGCUCUGUAGCACUUAUACCACAUAUAUUCUCACCAAGAGAUUGAUCCCUUCCACUGUUUCUCUCUGCCAACUCACUCUUUGCUCCUGAAGUUGUAUCUAUGCAAUGGCUCCGCAAGUUGUUGAUGAUGAUAUUGCCCCCACGCAGAAUGUCGAUGAUGUGCGAUACGUUUCCGACAUCCCAUUCCCCAAGGAGAAAGAGGGAAAAGCCACAGCUGCAGGCCGCGCACUCAUUGAAGAAGCGGACAUUGUGCCCCUGACCUCCCUCGAGAGAAAGACGACGACAAAGUGGGAGCUCCUUUGCUAUUACCUAUAUUACUUCGGGAAUACAGGAAUUGGACCGUGGAAUUACGCACCAUCUCAACUUCAGAACGUCUUGUAUCAAGCCGGUUUCGACCCAGACCAAUCCCCAGUAGGAAAGGUUGCUUGCGGAACUGGACGAUGCUUCUUGGGGUUUGCAGGUGCGCCCAAACCAAUCACGUCCAUUGUACUCGACAUUUCCGGUAUAUCAUUCGCGAUCCAGGUCGUUGUCAGUCUCGCCAUAGGAGCAUACGCCGACUAUGGCUCAUGGAGACCGCUGAUCUGUGUCGUCUCAUCGGUUAUCUCAUGGGGCAUCGGCUUUGCUUGGCUGGCUGUCAAGGGGGGCGCGCAAUGGCAGACCGCCAUCGGCCUUUAUAUCAGUGGUUAUGUGGCCUUCAAUUGCUCCACCUCCUACUUCCUCGCUGCAAUGCCUGGGCUGGUCAGAGAUCUUCCAAACGUCCAAGAAUCUGAGCAGGCUGUCCUUGAAGGACGGAAGAAUCCUGAGGAGCAUCUCAUUUUGGAUAUGGUCGAGCGUAAUCGCAUCGCCGAUUAUGCCUUUCUCUGGACCUCAUAUGGUCCGGUGGUACAGCUGGCUAUUGCGGCUGGCAUCCUCAUAGCCUUGAACGCCAGCCUCAACACCUCCACAAACACAAAUGCCAUCAAUGUUAUCAUUGCGUACACCACAGGUAUCUGGAUUGUCUUUGCAAUUCCAUGGUUCAUCAAAGAGCAGAAACGCCCUGGUCAGCAAUUACCUCCUGGAACAUCCUAUCUCACAAUCGGUUUCGUCAAUUUCUGGCAAGCCCUGAAAGAGAUUCGGAAAUUGAAACAAGUCAUGUUGUAUCUGGCCGCCUUUUUCAUCCUUAGCGACGCCGAAAAUACAGUGGUAACUGUCAUUGGAACCCUCCAGAAUUCCGUUGUGUCGUACGAUAUCAUAACCCUGAACUAUCUCACGAUCCUGGCCUUUGGAACUCAAGGGACUGGAAUGCUCGUCAUGUGGCUGAUUCAGAAGAAAUAUCAACUGCACACAAAGACCGUCCUACUUUUCAAUGUGGCGUGCAUCGUCGUCUUGUGUAUCUGGGGCUUCAUCGGCAUCUGGGCUGACCACGUCGGGUUCAAGAACGUUGGCGAGAUUUGGGCAUACGAGGCAUAUUUCGGCCUUUUGGUCUGCCAGUGGUAUCAAUUGCCCUACACCUUCAUCUCCGACCUCGUCCCUCGCCCGAAACUGUUCUUAUUUUGGAGUUUGUUUUCGAUUUCCGGCAAGACAAGCGCCUUCAUCGGCCCGUUCGUUACCUCGGCCAUCAUCGAUCGCAGUGGUGGCAAUACCAACAUGGCUUUCGCUUUCUUAUUGCCACUUUGUUUGAUUGGUAUGGUCAUGCUUUGGUUUGUAGAUCCAGAAAUGGCUUUACUCGAGGCAAAGGAAUAUCUUGAAGCUGAGGCUAGUAUGCUUUACAAGCAGGAUAUUCCACAGGUUGAGAAAACAGCAUACUAGGAGCAUGGAGUAGGUUGAAAGGCGCACCAAAGGGGCCAUCAAAUGUUGACAUGGAAGAAAGAUAUAUUUGACAUUAGAGGACUUGUUGCACAAAUGGUUCAACGAUCAAGACCUUUUCCAUCCCAGUCCAAUAGAUGGCGUCGAGUCGCAACAAGCCCAUGUUUACUUG